GACCACAAUCACAUGGUACGCGACUGCCAAUUCUACUGCAAAACCAGCAUAAUUUUCAUUGAAUCAGCAACACCUUUUUUAUUAGUUAACAAUAAACGUUUAUCAUUUUGGUUUAUUCGAAGUUGAAAACAGCAAUGAUAGAGAGUGGCAUGGCAUGCGCGAAUUCCACAAGGAGCUGGAAAACUUCGAGUUAGACCUGCCGGGAAGAGAAAAAGUUUCUUUCAAUAAUAAUGCGAGACUCCUGGAGAUCAUGCGAUCCCAGUACCCUAAUUGGGAAGAGGCGGGAAAAGUUACCUCAAUUCCGAUAGCCAGGAUACCGAGGCUGUUUCUGAAAAAUGUCUACAUGUCCAAGGACCAGCAAAAAGAGUUCCACCCUCUUCAAAAGGGCGAAGAAGGUGAAAUAAAAAUCUACCAGUUACUUCUGGAAAGUCUCGAUAAAAAUCGGAAGGGAGUUUUAGUGCUUUCGAAAGUAAACGGACGAGAAAUGUUUGCCACAACAUCGGCGCAGGUUGAAAUUGACACAGUUUUGAUUCAUCCCGCUAAAGGAGUUUUUCUGUUUAAUAUAAAAGCCCAAGGAGGCAAGGGGUUGACCCCACAGAAAGUUGAAAAGGACUUCAAGAAGCAUUCCAACUUUCUUCGCAUGCUCAUGCAAUAUGGCUACGAAAACGAAACCGACUUUCCCCCGAUACAUUCAGUUUACUGCCAUUUAGUUGAUGACAACAAAGAAAAAUUCGAGGGUAUCUCAAAACAGCUGGGCGGCGCGCUUUUGAUUUGCACCAAAUCAGACUUGAAGCCGGAAACAUUUUGCUCAUCGUGGAGUCAGAAGUUAGAUGGAGUUCCGGACUUCGAUCACAAGUUAACGGAGAUCUUUGAGGUGUUCAUAGCUCGACUGGCGGCUUUAAACUCUAUUGAAGGUUCACUUGCCCUAAUUCACGAUCAGAUCAGUACGAACUACGCUCAAGCGACCAAUAAAAACAAAAAUCAGUUUGGGACGACCGAUGAAGACACAAAAGCAGUUCUAAAUGAGGCCUCAAGAACAAGUAUCAACUCCAAGAAGAGGGAUCGCUAUAUUAUCUGGAAACCUGAACAAGUUCAGAUAAUAUCAACUGUUGUUGAGCAUUUGCAGGAUCCUAGCCGAGAAGGUUUGAGGCUUCUCGUUAGAGGAUGUAAAGGAUCGGGAAAAACGAUGCUCCUAAUCUUUCUCGCAAAAAUUGCAGUCAAGAUAAUUGAAAGUCAGCACCCUGGCCAAAAUAACCAUGGCAAAGUGGUUGUUUAUAACGGAGACUCAUUGACUCGCAAAUAUGUCUCAGAGAAAUUGGAGCAUCUUCUUGAACCAUCUGGUGUCAUUGUAGACGCCGCGGGUAAAUAUGUUUGA